CUUCUAUCCCUUCCGCCCCCGUCGUCGGAAGUAUCCCAGAAGGCAGGAAUUUUCAGAGCGACGGAGAGCGAGACAGAGAGAGAUGACCGGAGGAGGCCAAGCGAUGAAGCGGAUCCCCAGGAUCAAGUUCCCUCAGCGGCGUACGAAUCCCUCCGGUACGGUAUCCCAGCCUAAAUCUACAUCUGCUGCUCCCCCUGUUCAAACAUUCUUUGCAAAUUCAAAGGUUUCAACAUCUACGGGAGGAAAGGCCUCACUUCAGCCCAAACGAACAGCUGUGUCCCAGGAGGAGAUUGAUGCUAUAUUGUUGGGUGGCUGCUUCUGAUUGCAGAAUGGAGCUGCUAGAGAGGUGCUGAUGUUGCUGGAAUUUCAUUCUUGACGAUUUAUGCGUUAUCUUGUACUUUCUUUUGGUUGGUGAUCUAUCCUGUACUUGCAAUUUCUAUUGUUUGUGAUUUCUAGAUCACCCAGUAGCAAUUUCGAAUGUGGACACAAUAUA